UUUUGAUUAGUCGUGGCGACCACUUGAAAUGAUCAUUCCAUCUGGAUUAACUAUAAGGUUUCGGAUCACCGUUUUUAAAAUUCCGAUGUGGUGUGUCAGAACGUAUUCUGUAUCAAGGAAGAAUUGUGAACUGUUGUUGUAAAAUAUGGGUAAUGGAGCCCAAUCAAGACCUGAAAACCCCGUAACGAUACAGCCAGAUGAGAAUUUCAUGAGAUCACAACCAAGUUAUGAUUCUAAUGGUUAUAUCGCUAACGGCGUUGAGACGAAUCACGGCAUAAUUCAACCUUAUAGUGGUGUUCAGUCUCAGCAUCUGGCACUACCUUCCAUUAGAAAUGAGCCGUCAUCUUAUCAUUCUGGUCCAUACGACUCGGUUGAUCAUUUCGACGACUAUGAGGUAGACAUGAGUAUUGAGCGUGCGGUAGCCCCGCAUUCCAGAUCAUGUUCUCAGUCAUAUCGCGGGAUAGACAGAACAGACGGGCCAGUUUAUCGUUCAGCUUCGAAAGGAGCUUAUGGACAGUCGCAAAUCGGGAAUGGAAAUCGAUUAGCCGACCAGGGAGGAGGGACUCCAAAUUCAAGUUCUGAUGACAUUUUAUUCGAGGUCUUUCAUUGCAUAAAGACAGGAAAGGAUUACAGCGUGAUAAAUUUGGAUGGUCAAAGAUAUUUCGUUGACUCUUGGAAUUCAGGUAAUGAGUUGCAGCCAUUUCCAGAUGAGUGGUGGCAACACGGUCACAUAGAGAGAGAGCAAAGACCAGGGAUAGGGGAUUAUGGGUAUGAUGAAACAUCCUAUGGUACUGCUACACAGUCACAAAGUGCUUGGGUACCAAGAUGGGAAGAUGACCGCAUGGGGAUGAUGGAGCAUCCAUCUAGAGGACUGCUGAGUACGUACUUUGAAGAAACUAAGUUGAAUGUACUGAAUGUUUACGACCAACAUUCAGGCACAUGGUUGAAGAUGCCUUUGUCAUGGGAGAUGUAUGUGCCUGAUGUAAAAUCGCGGCUUGCCAUCAUUCAGGAGACAUUUCCAUAUUGGACUGAUACCUUUGAGAUACUUGCAUUGUUGAGACAGUGUAAUUAUGAUCUUGACGAGGUCCUUAGCACAUACAUGACGCUGUUUGAGGACGCGGAGCCCACUAGCAAAAAGAAUGCUUUGAAGCUUGAAAAUAGCUCGGCGAUAAAUGAAGAGCAAGCUGCAGAGAUAGAAAGCUUGACGAUUAGAAUCGGACAGCUAGAGGAGCAACUCCGAGAUAAAGAUUCUCAGUUGGAAGAUUCUCAAAGAAGGAAUUCGGACUUACAAGAAAAGCUAAGAUCAGCAGAAGAAAUUGCCAGGAAACUUCAGAUCAAAGGGACAAGUUUACAACAGGAGAUUCAGCGGCUUAAAUCUGGGCAAACGCAAUCUCAACAACCGGUUGUGGCAACGGUUGCUGUGGUGACUCCCAACGAAAAGAAGGUUUCUAGGGAAACCUGUCUGCACAUCAAGUCCUCAAUUAAAUUCUUUUCUGAGAAGUUAGCGGAAUUGCGGAAUUGUUUUUCAAGCGAAAUGGAUGGACUUUAUUCAGUUUUAAAUCAGGCGCAAGGGUCUUUGCGUAAGAUGAAACAACAAAACCAAGGCUCAAGCAAGGAACUGAUAGAACUUCGUGCUUUAUAUCAUAGAGAAGUACUUGAAAGAAAACUUUUGUACAAUAAACUCCAAGAACUGCGCGGAAACAUCAGGGUAUUUUGCAGAUGUCGCUUUGAUCCUAAUGCAGAUGAUGUACUUAAUUUCUCAACGGAUCAAGACAUAAGUUUGGUGUCAGCAACGGGACAGAAAAAGUCCUUUAGAUUUGACCGAGUUUUCUCUCCCACCAGUACUCAGGAAGAAGUCUUCCAAGACACUCUUCCUCUUCUUACGUCAUGUGUUGAUGGCUACAAUGUUUGUAUCAUGGCUUACGGUCAAACAGGUGCAGGGAAAACUUACACCAUGAUGGGACCAGACAAUGAUCCCGGAGUAAAUAUCCGAUCGAUUCUAGAACUCCUUCGAGUAUGCGACGAACGAACCACUGUGGACUAUAGUAUGUGUGUUUCUAUGGUGGAAGUCUAUAACGAAACAGUGAGAGAUCUGCUCAGUGAGAACAGAAACUUACAGCAACUGACCAUUCAAAUGAGGAACAAACAACUCGUCAUUACCGAUGUCACUGAAAUUGAUGUGAAAUCUGCUGCUGAUAUCAAAGGCAUCAUGGAGAAAGGUGGCCAGAACCGUUCAGUGGGCGCUACUAAAAUGAACACAGACAGCUCUCGCUCCCAUUUGUUACUCCUCUUGAAACUUCAUGGCACAGAUCGCGUGACAAAUGCCGUCACACGCGGUACGCUGACCCUUGUAGACCUUGCAGGCUCAGAGAGGAUUUCCAAGACUGAAGCUACGGGACAAAGGCUCGUGGAAGCGGCAGCCAUCAACAAAUCUCUUUCAGCGCUUGGUCAAGUAUUUGGAGCGUUAAGGACGAAUGCAAUGCACGUACCUUACAGAAACUCCAAGUUAACUCAAUUAAUACAGAGCUCUCUUGGGGGAGACGGUAAGGCGUGUUUGUUCGUGAAUGUCAGCCCGCUCGCCAGUAACCUUAGCGAGACGGCGAGUACGUUACAGUUUGGGUCAGCGGCCAAACAAGUAGAACUUGGAAAGGCCAAACAGAACAUAACACAAGUACCAAAGAAAAACUAACCGGAUAAAAUAAGGAGUUAAAAUCAGCAAGGACUGAUUGACAUUCAAGUAUCUACUGUUCCUUUAAUGUUCCAGGGCUCGUUUUUCGAAAGGUCCAAUAACUUCACGGGUCCUAAACCAUUUUAUAAUAUCCAAAUACGAGGAGUAGUAGAGUAGAUUUUGGUUCAAGAGCCAGUCAGUUCUGUUUUGUUUCCUUGUAAAACACUUUUCAAAUUUAAAAAUUAUUUAUAUCUCGAUCUUAAAUGUAAACAAAGCAAGCAAAAAUCUGAGCCUUUCACGAUCGGUAACUAUCGCAUCUUUUGAGAAACGAGUCCCGGAAGGGAAAUAGUAAGCCAAACAGUUUUGAACGUUAAUAAUUUAUUUUCCAGCCAUUAACCAUUUCACUCCUAAGAUAAAAAGAUAUAUUCUCCCCACUUUCGGCCAUGAGAAUUUUUUGUUGAUUCUAAGAAUAUUCCCCAAUUUAUUUUUUUAUUUGAUCUUCUCACCUCUCUGUUUGAAAAUGAAUUGACAUCGCCAGGUAGUGAAAGGGUCAAUAUAGGAAGCAGAUGUAUUUUCGUAAACAGAAACAUUAACCGGCGCAAGCAAGCGUACGUGUCAGCUUAAAAUUAAAAGGGAGCUAAAAAUUUAAUAAAAUUUAAUAAUUUAAUUUAACGUU